CCUGCUAGAUUUUGCCAAGGCCCAGGGGGAUCUUGGAUGGCUCAAUCAUCCCUAUGGAAAAGGGUGGGAUCUUCUUCAGAACGUCAUGAACGAAUCCCUCAUCUACAUCUACUCAGUCUGCAACGUGCAGGAAGGCGAUCAGGAUAACUGGCUGAGGACCAACUGGAUCUACCGAGGGGAAGCCCAGCGUAUCUUCAUUGAAAUCCAGUUCACCGUCCGGGACUGCAACACCUUCUCGCCUGGGACGGGCACCUGCAAGGAGACGUUCAACCUUUUCUACGCCGAGUCGGACGUCGACUACGGCAUCAAUUUCCAGAAGCGCCAGUUUCAAAAAAUCGACACGAUUGCCCCCGACGAGAUCACCCUGCUGGAAGACUUCAGCACCCGCAACGUGAAGAUCAAUGUGGAGGUGCGCUCGGUCGGGCCUCUCACCCGGAAGGGCUUCUACGUGGCCUUCCAGGACAUCGGUGCCUGCGUGGCACUCCUCUCCGUCCGGAUCUACUACAAGAAGUGCCCCGGAGUCUUCCGCAAUAUGGCCAGCUUCCCGGAAACCAUCGCCGGAGCUGAUUCGCAGGCCCUAGCCAAGGUGCCUGGCACUUGUGUGGCGGAAGCCGUGGCCACUGAAGAACCCUUCAUGCACUGCAACUCGGACGGAGAGUGGCUGGUGCCCAUUGGCGAGUGUCUUUGCCGGGAAGGGUAUGAGAAAGACGGGGACAGCUGCAGAGCUUGCUCGCCCGGAUUCUUUAAACAAGACGUCUCCAAUAGCGCUUGCUCGAAGUGCCCCGUACACACGCUGCCUUCUUCGGAAGGCUCCACUUUGUGUCCUUGUGAGGAAAGCUACUUCCGGGCUCCAAGUGAUCCGGUUUCCAUGCCCUGCACAAAGCCCCCCUCGGCUCCUCAGGGGGUGACAGCAAUCGGCCUGGGUGCUAAAGUCCAGCUACGUUGGUCUCCACCCCAAAACACGGGGGGCCGCCAAGAUAUCACCUAUCGAGUGUCGUGCGAACAGUGCUGGCCAGAUUCAGGAGACUGCCACGUUUGUGAUUCCACUCUCCGGUAUUCGGACAAUCCACACAAACUCACCAGCACGUCUUUGAUGAUCAGUGACCUGGAGCCACAUGUGAACUACACUUUCACCGUAGAGGCUCAUAACGGAGUGUCCUCCUUCAGUACCCAGCGCAGUUACGGAGUCACUAGCAUCAGCGUCAAUCAGACAGAACCACCAAGAGUAACUUCGGUGACCAUGGACAGUCGCACCGCUACUAGUUUAACAUUAUCUUGGACUGUUCCUCCUCGCCAACAGAGCCAUGUUUGGAAAUACCAGGUUACUUACAAGAAGAAGAAGGAUGAAAACAGCUACUCAGUUCUGCGCUCUGAGGGAAACUCGGUCACCCUCCAUAAGCUGACUCCCAAGACCAAGUAUCUGGUGAGCGUCCAGGCGCUGACACAGGAGGGACACGGAGCCCACAGCGUGGAGCACGAGUUCGAGACACUCUCUGGAAACGCAGAGGGCGUGAAUAUUGCUGCAGUCCUUGGGGGAUCCAUUGCUGGCCUCAUCUUCAUGCUUGCUGUCAUUGUGAUACUUUUUCUCUUCAUUCGACAGAGGAAAAAGAAUUUGCGGGCCCGGCAGACUUCAGAAGAUGUUUACUUUUCCAAAUCUGAUCAGCUCAAACCCUUGAAGACUUACGUGGAUCCCCACACCUACGAAGACCCCAAUCAGGCGGUCCUGAAGUUCACCACCGAGAUCCACCCUUCCAGCAUUUCCCGACAGAAAGUGAUCGGAGCAGGAGAAUUUGGCGAAGUCUACAAAGGGAUUCUGAAAAGUGGCAAGAAGGAGAGCCACGUGGCCAUCAAGACGCUGAAAUCCGGUUACACCGAAAAGCAACGCAUUGACUUUUUGAGUGAGGCGAGCAUCAUGGGGCAGUUCUGUCACCACAACAUCAUUCAUUUGGAAGGCGUUGUCUCCAAAUAUAAGCCUUUCAUGAUCGUCACCGAAUACAUGGAGAACGGAGCCCUGGAUAAAUUCCUACGGGAAAAAGACGGGGAGUUUUGUGUCAUCCAGUUGGUAGGCAUGUUGAGAGGAAUCGCUUCCGGAAUGAAAUAUUUGGCCAGCAUGAACUACGUCCAUCGGGAUCUGGCUGCUCGCAAUAUCCUUGUGGACAGUCAGCUGGUGUGCAAAGUGUCCGAUUUUGGCCUGUCCCGUGUCCUGGAGGAUGAUCCUGAUGCUACUUAUACCACCAGCGGCGGGAAAAUCCCCAUCCGAUGGACAGCACCUGAAGCCAUCUCGCAUCGCAAGUUCACCACUGCCAGCGACGUCUGGAGCUAUGGAAUCGUCAUGUGGGAGGUGAUGUCCUAUGGCGAUCGGCCUUACUGGGAGCUCUCCAAUCAUGAGGUCAUGAAAGCAAUUAACGAGGGCUUUCGACUCCCUGCCCCCCUGGAGUGCCCUUCUGCCAUCUACCAGCUGAUGAUGAGAUGUUGGCAGCAAGAGAGAAGCCAGCGGCCUAAAUUCACUGACAUUGUUAGCAUCCUGGACAAGCUUAUCCGCGCUCCUGAAUCCCUCAAGACUAUGGCGGAGUUUGACCCUCGGAUUUCCAUCCGCUUACCCAGCACCAGCGGCUCAGAGGGAGUUCCGUUCCGAACUGUGGCGGAAUGGCUGGAGUCCAUCAAAAUGCACCAGUACACGGAGCACUUCCUAGAGGCUGGGUAUAACGUCAUUGAGAAGGUGGUGCAGAUGACCAACGAGGAUAUCAAAAAAAUUGGCGUGCGUCUACCAGGACACCAGAAGCGAAUUGCCUACAGCCUCCUAGGACUGAAAGAACAAGUGACCACGAUCGGCAUUCCAAUUUGAGCCAAAGAAAUUGGUAUCUGGUAUUCCGCUGCCCUCGGUGGCUACCGUUCUUCGCUUGCUCAGGCUACAACCGUUCGCAAAACAGACUUCCUGGUAUAUACUUGAAGAAGUGGAGCAUCUACCUGACCUCCCCUCGCCAAAGAUGCUGGCAGUUUAGUGCCUCUCUUCCCCCCCCCCCCCCCCCCCACUUCACAGCCCCGUAUUUAUUGCCCGUCUUCUGGCAAGUCUGUUGGAAACCGCCAUGUGCCGUUUGAUGAUGGUGCCUUAUUUCCUCAAGCUGAGCAGCCACGUGGCCUCCUGCCAGCCUGAUAUGUCUUGCCUGGAAAGACCCUCAGGCUACUGAAUGUUUGUAAACCCCCUUCCCCCUCACGCGCACCCCUUCUUGCCUCUCCUUUCUCCGUUUUGCCUCCCAAACCCUUGACUACUACAACUUGAGAUCAUUGGUCUACUGCUGGCGUGCCACACUCCUGUGUUUUUUUAUCCCCUGAAACAAAAGCCUGCUCCUCCUCUUCCCAUUCAAAUAUCUUAGGGC